AUGUCUAGAGACAGCUACGUUGAGGAUUUCAAGCUCGGCAGACACUCUUUUCCAGAUCGUGCUGAAGAAGCGGGAGCAGCCAAACUCUGGUCUGUCUACGUGGACGAGGCGGAGCGAUACGACAAAUCGCUUGUCGCGAGCUGGAAGAGUGAUAUGGAGGGGAUGUUAAUAUUUGCUGGUCUAUUCUCGGCGAGUUUGACCGCAUUCCUUAUCGAGAGCUACAAAACUCUGGUCCAAGACCCCGGCGAAGCGACCGUUCAUUUGCUACAGCAGAUGGUCGUGCUGUCUUCGUCCGGCAAUAACACGACGUUUACGCCUGUCAUCUCCCAGCCAUUCAAACCAAGCACACUGUCUCUCGUCUGCAAUGCGUUGUGGUUCAUCAGCUUGGGAUUAAGCCUUUCCUGUGCUCUUGUUGCAACAUUACUCGAACAGUGGGCCCGCGACUUUCUGCACCGUGCUAACAUACGAUCCGCCCCGGUUGAACGUGCCCGAAUUUACUCGUAUCUGUACUAUGGUCUUCGAAGGUACAAGAUGCAUGCAGUUGUCGAGACUAUUCCUUCUCUGCUGCAUGCUUCACUAGUGUUCUUCUUUAGCGGGCUGAUAGCCUUUUUACUCCCAGUCAACAAGCUCAUUGCUGGUCUUGUGGGUGGUAUUCUUGGCCUCGUCCUGGCAGUCUAUGCAUUUCUAACCAUCUUUCCUUUGCUGCGAUUCGACUCCCCGUAUCGAACUCCACUCUCAAACACACUCUGGGGGAUGUGGCAUUAUUGCAUUCGCUGGCGGCGACCACACGGAUACUCCGGCAACGUCACCAACAAUGUUGCAACUACAAUGGUUGACAAUAUCAUCAGGAAUGCUGUACAGACCUCGGAAUCUCGACAAGAGCGGGACACAUCUGCUCUCAUUUGGACUAUAAGAUCUAUUUCAGAUGACACUGAGCUGCAAACCUUUGUUGAAGCCAUUCCUGAUGCAGUAUGGGGUCCAAAGCAACGGCGAAGAAAUGUCAAGCUAAUGACCACUUUACGUGACUCUGAACAGUUGUGCAGAUGGCUUGUUAUCCCCUGAUGCUAUUGAGCGACGUGGGACUGCUUGUCUCAAAGCACUUUGGGCACUUUGCACUAUACCUACCUCACCACCAAUCACUGGUCAUGCACUCCCUGGACUUUUUGUACACAUUCCCU